GACGAAUACACUAGAUCGCUUCUGUUAUAAUCAACGAAGGGUUUGCACUGUGGGCAGCUUCAUUGAUUAUAAUGGGAGUGAUUUAACUGUGUCACGUCAUGUCGCACCACUCGCUUCACAGGACAGCGCCAAUGUCCGACAGAGAAUAUGACACCAGAUUGGGUUGGUUUUUUAACCCCCAUUUGAGUUUUCAAAAUGGAGCCAAACAACAUGAAGCAGCACACAAGAUGGAUGCCAUAAACAGGAACAUUUUCAGUCGAAACACCAUGCAUCAAUGUGUCGUGUUUACCUCAUCACUCUGAAUCUGAUGAUGUCUGUCGGCGGGAGAUUCUCCAGCGCUCUCUGAGGUAAAUACUGACCGAUCAGCUUGACUAAUUUAACAGUCGCGACGCGUUAAAACGACUAAUUCGACGUAGAGCCUCUUACAAAUCAAUAAUUUUUCAUUAUUUUAUUACUUUGAAAACUUUUGUAACGUUUUAAAAUCAUACGCCGUCCUAUUGUGUUUGCGUUUCAUUGCAGUUUAAAGGGCGCGCGCCGUUUCACGAGCCACCUUCGCGCGCUUUUGUGGAGUGUGCUUCAUUGAUUAAAUUAGGAGCGCGCAUCAAAAUAUUUCCUAUUUACACAACUUUACAUCGCAAUGCAUCCCUGUAUGUUUGUAUAUAAAAUAUGUAUUAUCCAUCAUCCAUUCACCAAACCACCUGUAUUGUCGUGUAUGGAAGCCCAUUUAUAUUGUAAGAAAAAAAACAUGCUUUUGUAAAUCAUAAUUAUGAGAUAAAGUGCCUAUAUUAUUACAGUUAUUAGAUGAAAAAUUCGAAAUGAUGACAUUUAAUGUCAUAAUUUGGACUUUUCAUCUCAUAGGCCUAAUUAAGACUUAUUUCAUAUUUAUGAUUUAUGAAAACAUGUUUUUUUUCCUCCUUAUGUGCCGGAAAUGGGCUUCCAUAGUUGCGACAUAUAUAUCGUGAUAUAUUUAAGUUAAUGCUAAUUGGCAUACUCAAAACUCUAUCUGUUUAAUGAUAACUGAUUUUUGUGAUGUUUAGUAUGAAAAUAAAUGUGUUUGAAACGUCUUUUUUUCUUAGAUUCAGAUCUUUAAGGGUCAGAGGUCAUGGCGUGUCCUCUCCUGGACACACAAACAAUAACAGUGCGGAAAAAUAAUGUAAAAUGGAAGUGUCAUAAUAAUUGGCAUGAUUGUGUGAUAGAUGAAAAUGUGUAAAAGUAUAGACUACAUUAUGAAAAAGACACACAAUUUACACAAUGUUUUACACAGUUUAUAUGUCGAGAAGAUGGAUCAUUCUUACUAGACAGCACAAAGACCGAAACUAAAGUUGUUAAAUCACAGCUCCAACAACUCCAAGUGUAUGGCUGUUUUUGGACCCACACUCUGUGGAAUUGUGGUGGGCUUACUAAUGAAUUAGGCUGCUAACUAGUGAGAGUUUAAUUAACCUGGUGGGGAUAGUUAAUCCCUCGUGCGUGAAGAUGCAAGUUCAGCUCAUGUGUCCCAAAACAUCCAUAUCUCUGGUGGAAUCUCACCUGCCAUUCACGGCAUCUUCACCUAUGACAGCAGGACCGGGAUGGAGCGGAUGUUGUUUUGGGUUGAUAUUUGUUUGGCAACCAUGAUCCAUAAAAGGGGCUUGCGGUCGGUGGGUGGAGAGGGAGGCGUUGGGAUGGAGAUAUUACAACAUCACUGAGGCGUUCUGAGAGAAGCUCCAUUUAUGAUUGAAGUCUGAAGAAGCUUGAACUCUCGAUUGGCGAUCAGAAGAAACAUGGCCCCUCAAAGAAAACCCUCAAGCGUCAGUCAGCGUAUCGCUUCAUCUCCUUUCUACUUCGCCCUCUACGUCAUUCUGGUGCUGCUGGGGAACGUGGGCAACACCACGGUCAUCGGAGUGGUCGGCGAAAGCCUUCUGCGAGAGACGGGAGUCGUCCGAAGCUCUGACGUGAUCCUGGUCAACAUGGCUUUCUCCAACCUGAUGGUGUCGUUGGUGAGAAACACGGUCGUGAUGGUGUCCGACCUGGGAGUGGAGAUUUUCCUCUCUAGAGACAUGUGUCACCUUAUGAUGGGCAUCUGGGUUUGGCUCCGCUCCGCAAACGUUUGGUCGACGUUCUUUCUGAGUGCGUUCCACUUUCAAACGCUGCGUCGGGUCGCCCCGCCCGUCAUCAGCCUGCACGGCCCCCGCGGGCCCCCCAGAUCCCUCAUCCUCGGCUUCGGCCUCAUCUGGAGCCUCAAUCUGAUCUACGCCAUCCCAGCGUUCAUCUUCUCCAAGAACGGAGACGAGAACUCCACCGAGACGCUGAUGCUGGUCAGCAGCACCACUCGGCCGCUGAUGGGCUGCAUCUGGGACUUUCCAUCAGCCUACAGCGGCCUGGCCUUCGCCACCUCCUCCAUGGUGAUCCAUGAGUCCAUUCCCAUCUGCCUGAUGAACAUCACCAACCUGGGCUCCCUGUUGACGCUGUACGCUCACGGACACACACGGAACGCCGCCAACAAGAGUCAGGACGCACCGGUCGUCACCCGGAUCCCUGCGGAGCGACGGGCGGCUAAAGUGAUUCUGGCGCUCAAUAUCCUCUUCAUUUCUUCUUGGGGAACUAACGUCAUCUCGGUCAACUACUUCAACUAUAACCGCGGAUCUUCCACAGAGUUCCUGCUCAUCAUCGCUCGCUUCGCCAACAUGAGCUUCAUCGCGCUGUCGCCCAUCGUCCUCGCCGUGGGACACCGGAGACUCCGAGCCUUUAUAAAGUCAAUCCUGUCGCAUCUCUAUCCGUUUGGAUAGACUUCAGACAUCAAAGACAUGUCACACUGUUUUCUGCAUCAUGAAACUGUUGCAUUUGAAUUCACACCUCUUUAUUUGUCAGUAAACCUGAAGACAUUUUGUUUGGAAUCCAGGACUUCAUCAUGUUUGUCUUUAGGUGGUUUUGUUUGUCUUGUGUCUGUUGUUUGCGGCCGUUUGACUGAUUAAACUUGUGAAUGAACUAAUGUUU